CCACGGACUCCGAUGUCCCAGGGAAGAUAUCUGGCGUUCCCCGCCCUUAAUGGUCCUAGUCGUUUCUGCAGUGGUCGUGGGAGGCGUAGGAGGGACUCGGGGAGACCCGGAAAAGCUGGAUAUGGACUCAGUGACCUGUGAGGAUGUGGCUGUGAACUUCACCCUGGAGGAGUGGGCUCUACUGAAUCCUACACAGAAGAAACUCUACAGAGAUGUGAUGCAGGAAACCUUUAGGAAUCUGGCCUCAGUAGGAACAAAAUGGGAUGAUGAUGACAUUGAAGAGCAGUACAAAAACCAGGGGGGAAAACCAAGAAAUCAUACGGUAGUGAGAUUCUCUGAGCGUAAAGACCGUAAUCCAUGUGGAGGAAAUUUCAGCCUUAUUCCACCUCUUGAUCAGAACAAGAAAACUCCUGGAUUAAAACCAUGUGAAUGCAGUGUAUGUGGACAAGUCUUCAUGCAUCAUUCAUCUCUUAAUAGGCACAUGAAAUGUCACAUUGAACACAAACCUCAAGAUUUUAAAAAAUAUGAUCAGGGACUGUAUAAUACAUAUAAAUGUAAGGAAUGUGGGAAAGUUUACAAAUAUUACAGUUCCUUACAGAGGCACAAAAGAACUCACACAGGAGAGAAACUGUAUGAAUUCCAGCAAUGUGGAAAAAGUUUCAGUAAUCAUCAAGGUUUCCAAACACAUGAAAGAAUUCACUCUGGAGAGAAGGCCUAUGAAUGUAAGCAAUGGGGUAAAGGUUUACGUUCUCAAAAAGGUUUCCAAAAACAUGGAAGAGAUCACACUGGAGAAAAACCCUGUGAAUGUAAGGCAUGUGAGGAAGCAUUGAUUAACCCCAGUUCUCUUCAAAUACAUGAAAGGAGUCACAGUGGAGAGAAACCAUAUGUGUGUAAAACAUGUUGUAAAGCAUUUAGUAUUCCCAGAUACCUUCGAGAACAUGAAAGAACCCAUACUGGAGAAAAACCCUAUGAAUGUAAAGUAUGUGGGAAAUCCUUUGCUUCCACUUAUGUUCAAGUGCAUGAAAGAGCUCACACUGGACAGAAACCCUAUCAAUGUCAGGAAUGUGGGAAAGCCUUCGUUUGUCCCUCAGGCAUUCGAAGGCACAUGAGACUGCACACUGGCGAGAAAUAUAAAUGUGAAGAAUGUGGGAAAGCAUUCAAUAAUCCCAGUUCUCUUCACAUACACAAAAGGACUCACACUGGAGAGAAACCAUAUAUGUGUAAAACAUGUUCUAAAGCAUUUAGUAUUCCCAGAUAUCUUCGAAAACAUGAGAAAACCCAUACUGGAGAAAAACCCUAUGAAUGUAAAAUAUGUGGGAAAACCUUCAGUUCCACCUAUGUUCAAGUGCAUGAAAGAAUUCACACUGGAGAGAGACCCUAUAAAUGUAAGGAAUGUGGGAAAGCCUACAUAUCUCUCUCAGGCAUUCAAAGACACAUGAGCCUGCACACUGGAGAGAAACCAUAUAAAUGUGUAGAAUGUGGGAAAGCAUUUAUUAUUCCCAGUUUUCUUCAAACACAUGAAAGGACUCACACUGGCGAGAAACCAUGUGUGUGUAAAAUAUGUUCUAAAGCAUUUCGUUUUUCCAGUUCUCUUCAAAAACAUGAAAGAACUCAUACAGAAAAACCCUAUGACUGUAAAAUAUGUGGGAAAAUCGCUUCCACUAAUGUUCAAGUGCAUGAAAGAACUCACCCUGGAGAGAAGCCUUAUGAACAGGAAUGUGGGAAAGCCUACAUUUCUGUCUUAGGCAUUCAGAGACGCAUGCAUACUACAGAGAAACCAUGUAAAUAUGAAGAAUAUGGGAAAACCUUUUCUGAUCUCUCUACUUUGCAAAAGCAUGAAAGGGUUGACUCAUUGGCUAUUGAGGAUGUGAUUGUGAACUUCACCCUGGAGGAGUGGGCUUUGCUGGAUCCUUCACAAAAGAAACUCUACAGAGAUGUGAUGCAGGAAAUCUUCUGGAAUCUGGCCUCAGUAGGAAAAACAUGGGAAUAUCAUGACAUUGGAGAUCAGUACAAAAACCAGGGGGGAAACCUAAGAAGUCCUAUGGUAGAGAGACUCUUUGAACGUAAAGACAGUAGUUCCUGUGGAGAACACUUCAGCCUUAUUCCAUCUCUCAAUCUGAAGAAGAAAACUACUGGACUAAAACCAUGUGAAUGCAGUGCAUGUGGAAAAGUCUUCAUGUAUCGUUCAUCCCUUACUAGACACAUGAAAUGUCACAUUGAAUGUGAACCGGGAAAGUUUCAAAAAUAUGGUGACAAGCUAUAUAAAUGUAAGCACUGUGGUAAAGCCUUUAAUCAUUUCACUUCCUUCCUAAUGCACAAAAGAAGUCACACUGGAGAGAAACUGUAUGAAUGUAAAAUAUGUUCUAAAGCAUUGAGUACUCUCAGUUGUCUUCGAAAACAUGAAAGAACUCAUACUGGAGAAAAACCCUAUAAGUGUAAGGCAUGUGGGAAAGCCUUCACAUGGCUCAUAACCUUUCAAAAACACAUGAUAACACACAGUGGAGAUGGACCUUAUAAAUGUAAAGAAUGUGAGAAGGUAUUUGUUAAUCCCAGUUCUCUUAAAAUACAUGAAAGGAGUCACACUGGGGAGAAACCCUAUCAAUGUAAACAAUGUGGCAAAGCCUUCAGUUAUUACUGUUCCUUACGAGUACAUGGAAGAACUCACACUGGAGAGAAACCCUAUGAAUGUAAACAGUGUGGAAAAGCCUUUAGUUGUCAUGAAAGCAUUCAAACACAUGAAAGAAUUCACACAGGAGAGAAACCGUAUCAAUGUAAACACUGUGAGAAAGCCUACAGAUACCACAGUUCUCUUCGAACCCAUGAAAGGAGUCACACUGGAGAGAAACCUUACCAGUGUAAACAGUGUGGAAAAGCCUUUCGAUGUAAACAAACCUUUCGAGCACAUGAAAGGAGUCACGGAGGAGAGAAACCCUAUGAAUGUAAGCAGUGUGGUAAAGGCUUCAGUUAUUUCAGUUCCUUCCGAAUACACAAAUGGCAUCACACUGGAGAGAAACCGUAUGUGUGUAAAACAUGUUCUAAAGCAUUGAGUAGUGCCACUUCUCUUCGAAAUCAUGCAAGAACCCACACUGGUGAAAAGCCCUAUGAGUGUAAGGAAUGUGGGAAAGCCUACACCUGGCACAAAACCUUCCAAUAUCACAUGAUAACACAUACUAGAGAUGGACCUUAUAAAUGUGAAGAGUGUGAGAAAGUAUUCCUUAAUCCUAGUUCUCUAAAAAUACAUGAGAAGAGUCACACUGGGGAGAAACCCUAUCAAUGUAAACAAUGUGGUAAAAGUUUUAGUUCUCAAAAAGGUUUCCAAAUGCAUGAAAGAACCCAUACUGGAGAAAAACCCUAUGAGUGUAAAAUAUGUGGGAAAACCUAUACAUGGUACAAAACCUUCCAAUAUCACAUGAUAACACACACUAGAGAUGGACCUUAUAAAUGUAAAGAAUGUGAGAAAGUGUUCAUUAAUCCCAGUUCUCUUAAAAUCCAUGAAUGGAGUCACACUGGAGAGAAACCCUAUCAAUGUAAACAAUGUGGUUUAAGUUUUAGUUCUCAAAAAGGUUUACAAAAUCAUGAAAGAAAUCACACUGGAGAAAAACCCUAUGAAUGUAAGGAAUAUGGGAAAGCAUUGUUUGUUACCAGUUCUUCUCAAAGACAUGAAAAGACUCACACUAGAGAGAAACGGUAUGUGUGUAAAACAUGUUCUAAAGCAUUUAGUACUCACAGUUCUCUUCAAAAUCAUGCAAGAACCCACAUUGGAGAAAACCCCUAUGAAUGUAAAAUAUGUGGGAAAACGUUCAGUUCCACCUAUGUUCAAGUGCAUGAAAGAACUCACACUGGAGAGAAACCCUAUCAAUGUCAGGAAUGUGGGAAAUCCUACAUUUCUCUGUCAAGCAUUCGACGGCACAUGAGACUGCACACUGGAGAGAAACCAUAUAAUGUGAAGAAUGUGGGAAAGCCUUCCUUUAUCACAGUAAUUUACAAAGGCAUGAAAAGGUUCACUAGAUAAAACCUCUUGUUUGUAAACAGCUUGGGAAACACUUCAGUUGGCCCACAUCCUUAGACGUGAAAACUCCUAUGAAGAGGUAUAAAUUUAACAUGAGAUAACUUGAUGAAAGUAAUCCAUGCCUAAUGUUCCAGAAAACCUUCAGUAUGAAAGAGUUGUUUUAAAAGUUUUUAAAUAUGCUGUGUUUAGCAAGGAUCUUUCUUAAAGUGUAUCCUUGGACAUAGGAUCUCUACGAAUUUCAAAAAUAAAUAUUAAUGUGAGUU